UUUUAUAAGCAUUAUUUUAAAAAUGACUAUGUAAAGAUUGGAUGUUAUUAAGUUGCAUAGGCUGUUCUGGUUUUAUCACAGUAGUAUGAAUAUGAGUGAAGAAAAAUAAAUAUAUUUUAGAGACAAACACUGGUUAGUACCCUUGAAGCCAAGGCAUCAACACUUGUAUGCUUAACAGGUAAGAAUCCAGAAUUCACGCGUUGAGGGGAUGAAUGUAUAAACGCUUCCUUAGACUUUUAAAAGGUUAAAUGGUCUUCUUCUUCUUCCUCUUCCUCAUCAUCAUCAUCAUGUAUUAACGAAAGCCCCCACAACUGACUGUCUUCGCUGCCAGACAAAACUGCCAAAGCCAAUAAUGUUUCUUUGAGGGACCUUUCUUAUGUCAGAGAUACUCUCUCUCUCUCUCUCUCUCCCUCCUCUCAUGUUCUUUGCUCUUCAACAAACAUCUGUUGUCAUCUCUUUGGUCUUUAUUUUUACCUCUUUGUUUACUUCCCUUUCUCCUCUCAUAUCUCACUUUCAAGUUCCCAUUUCUAUUCAACAUCUUCAUAACAAUUUAGGACCAGUGUUGUAUAUAAAGCUAACGGCCUUAGCUGCAGAAGCGAGUACAUGAGUAUCUUUUUUUUUUUAAUUCUUUAAAAACCCCUCACAUUUAUUUCAAGAGAGAUACAAACAAACAAGAGAGAAAGAGUAUUAAAGAGAGAGAGAUCUCAGCUCUGUAAUGGAGAGGAUACAAGGGCAAAACAAGCUAUGUGUAAAUGUAUCUUUAUCUCAGUUUGGAACGUUUUUCAUUUAUUUUAUUUCUUCUUUUCAACUAUUUGAGCCUAUAAUCAAAAGAUGUGGACAUGCAUAUUUACUCCUUCCCCUAAUGAGUUGCAUUCAGUGCUUGUGGAUGUUUGUUAUACAGAAAACACUAACAAAUCUGCUCUCAGCUGAUUACCUCUCUUUGAAACAUUCCAUUUUUCAUUAUAGUUUUGUUUCUCGUUACUGACGCACUCACCAAACCACCCUACAGUAGAUGAAUAACCAGCUCUUUUUUUUCUUGCAGUUGUUGGAUCAAAAAGUGAAUGUGAGAAGAAGCCUACAAGUUCAAGCAUCUCCGGAGGAUCAUAGCUUUCCUCUUGAGGAAGAUCAAUACUCAACUCUUACCUUGCAAGGUACAAGACUUCCAUUUCAACAAAUGCUGCAAGACCCUUCUUCGGUUUUGUCCUUCAAAGACCCACACAUUCUAGGAAACUAUCUCCCAUAUGAAGUUCCAGAGUUUCAUUCACCGUUCCACUCAGACAACAACCAUUACUAUCAGAAUCCAUUUUUAGAAGGAACCAAUGAAGACAUCUCAAGCCAAGAACUUCAGCUGAACCCAGUAGACAAUGCGUUUUCAAGACGCAAGCUCAGAAACAACAACUUGGCAGCAUCAGUGAGCAGAGAGAAGAGAAAGAGAAGGAGAAGCAAACCAAUGAAAAACAGAGAAGAGAUGGAGAGCCAGAAGAGAAUGACACACAUAGCGGUUGAAAGAAACCGCAGACGCCAAAUGAACGUUCAUCUCAACUCACUCCGCUCACUCAUUCCAUCUUCCUACUUCCUUAGGGGAGACCAGGCGUCAAUAGUAGGAGGAGCUAUAGACUUCGUGAAGAUCCUCGAGCAACACUUACAAUCCCUUGAAGCGCAGAAGAUAACUCAACAAACUAGUAAACUGAUAAUCGAUGCCACAGUGACGGAGAGGCACGUGAGUCUCAAAAUCCAGUACUGCCAGAGGAAACAAGGACAACUUCUCAGAUCAAUCUUUUUGCUAGAGAAACUUGGACUAACUGUUCUUCAUCUCAAUGUGACAUCUCCGUGCAACGCAUCUGUCUCUUAUUCCUUCAACCUCAAGGUACUUAUAAAACAAAGAACCAUAUUAUGCAAAACAAAAACACAUAUCAUUUCUAAACAUUUUUUGGUAUUUUUCAGAUGGAAGAAGACUGCAACUUGGGAUCAGUAGAUGAGAUAACGGCGGCGGUUCGUCAGAUAUUCGACUACUGUUGAUUAAAAUAAAAGUUAUUUAGGUGGAGUCUUCUUCUCAGCAUGGUGGCAUUUAAUUUGACUUUAGUUUAAGGAUACUCUGCAGAACUGGGCCCCACCAGAUAAAGUUUGACGUUUGUUUUAAGAGUUGUGUACGUACGCCACGUCAGCACUAUCCUGUUUGAAAAGUCGUUAUCUUUCUUCAUUGGAAAAUGUAAAAUGUAUCUACAAAUAUGUUUUCGAAAAAACUCUAGGCAACACCA